ACUCUAUAAAGAUUACCGGGGCGUUAUAUGCAUGCAUCUUUCAGUUGUACAGUUAAGCACAGUAAUCAUUUUGUACAACUUAUGGCUUGCAUUUGUUACUGGGAACUCGUACACAGCCAGUUGACUAGCCUUUUUAUUGUGCGUAUACCGUAUACCAGCGAGCAUCGCGUAUUAAACAAGGGAACGCUAUUUCAAAAUAGACACGUUAUCGGAGUUUAAAAACACAUGCACCUCUCUCGAUAAACAGCCUAUUAUGUAUCUUUAAGAAUUUGUGAAUCAAAAGAAGUACUUUGGAUCGUGAUGACGACCUUCGUUGCGAAAGAAGGAUCGACUGUUUUGGAUAUCGAGUGAUUGAAGUUUUAGCUAGACUGGGUUCUUUACCGGCGAGUAGAGGGUUUACACGGGGAGUCGUGCCCCGCUGGACCAGCGAGAUACGGAGUGGAGUGUAUGAAGCCAACGCCGGGCAGCCGCUGCUAAGUAUGAGCUUAUCGGGCUGCCCGCAUGUAGCUACCUUCAAGAAGAGCAAAGGAACGAAGCCCUUCAGAAUUAUUCAAGCUUUCUUUGUGUCUUGUAGCUCUGUCGAAAAUGUUAAGAGAAAAGCUCGGGCAGGUAGCUGUCACGUAUGUCAUCAGUAUAACCAACGUCUUCAUGCGUGCCUACAUUGUGUGUUCUUCGGCUGUUAUAUGAUGGGCCAUAUACAGGACCAUGCCAGGUCCACCAAACACCACCUGGCUGUUGACAUGACCCACGGAACGGUCUUCUGUGUUGCAUGCGGAGAUUAUGUCUAUGACUCUGAAUUUGAACAGAUAUCGCAGGAGGAGAGAUUGAAUUGUUCAAAGUUCCAUGGUUCUAGCGUCCAAGGUUUCUCCGCCUGGGAAGCCACAGGCUAUGAGAUAGAGCUCCUUAGGAGGAACCCUACAAGAAAGAAAGUAUCAGGAAGCUCUACAAUAGGUCUACGAGGUCUGAUCAACCUAGGAAACACAUGUUUCAUGAAUUGCAUCGUUCAGGCCUUGACACACACUCCACUUCUCAGGGACUUCUUCCUUUCAGACAAGCAUCAUUGCGACAAUGAACGCAGCAGAGAACAAUGUCUAGUGUGUGAAAUGACCAGGGUAUUUCAGGAGUUCUAUUCUGGAAUCCGAUCCGUGCACAUUCCUUAUCGGUUAUUACAUCUGGUUUGGACUCAUGCGAGGCAUCUAGCUGGAUACGAGCAGCAAGAUGCUCAUGAAUUCUUCAUUGCUGCACUAGACGUCUUACACAGACAUUGUAAAGGGCACAAUGGAGCAUCAGGCAAUAAUCCAAACCAUUGCAAUUGUAUCAUUGACCAAAUCUUUACUGGAGGGCUGCAGUCUGAUGUUACUUGCCAAGCAUGCAAGGGUAUAUCAACAACAGUAGAUCCAUUUUGGGAUAUAUCUUUAGACCUCGGACCAUCUAGUAGUACCGGUAGCGCGCCCCUGCCUGUACCUAUCAUUGUACCUACCCCCAUACAAGACUUCUCAGUAGACAGUAACUCUUCAGGUUCCAGUACUAGUAGUAGCAGUCUCCAUAACGGUGAUUCAGGCCUUAUGUCACCCCCCGGGUUUGAUGAUGUACCACAUUCCCUAGAUGACUGCUUACGAAGAUUUACCCGUCCAGAGUAUUUGGGCAGCAGUGCAAAGAUUAAAUGCAGUGUUUGUCAGAGCUAUCAGGAAUCCACCAAACAACUCACUAUGAAGACUCUACCACUGGUUGCAUGCUUUCAUCUCAAGAGAUUUGAGCAUUCAACGAGAUUCAGGAAAAAGAUUUCGACGUUCAUCUCGUUCCCCCAUGAACUGGAUAUGACGCCGUACAUGUCUACUCAUCGGAGAGCCAAUGGUCUCAGUCAUCAUCACAGGCCAAGCAGAACAACUACCUCAGAUAAUCAAUACUCCUUGUUUGCAGUGGUCAACCACCACGGGUCCCUAGAAGCAGGUCAUUAUACGUGCUAUGUCAGGCAGCACCAAGAUCAAUGGUUCAAGUGUGAUGACGCCCUCAUCACCAAGGCAACCGUUCAUGAUGUCCUGCAGAGCGAAGGGUACCUUCUCUUUUACCACAAACGGAUUUUGGAGUAUGAGUGACACAGGAUAGCAUACUAGCACCAGUUCUAUUUCGCAAGUAUUCUGCACUCAUCAGAACCUGUUCGGAUGCAAUCAAAGACUAUUUCAAUUUUAUUUGUGUGUGAAACCGAGGCAAGAGACCACUAAAGAGACUUAAAAUAUGCUUUGUAGUCCAAAAAUUGUAAAAAAAAAAAAACAAUCUUGUAUUGUGGAAUUCCAAGUGGGACUGAAUAUGUGUUCACGCGUCUGUGUAUGUGAGUACGUAAUUUGCGUCGUCAUGAAAAUGUUGUCUUCGUUGAGUGGAUAGCUGGGCACCAAAGCAGCACUUAUAGUUCACCAUCUGGAUUUCAUGUGUUCCUAAUGAUUUGAUUGCUUCUGAUGCCGAAGGAGAACGAAGUGGUUAUGAAGAGAAUAGUAGCAUGGAUAAAUUCAUUGAGAGCUUAAGAGUAGGUUGAGCAAGUCUUGAGGGGAUGGAAAAUCUACAGAUCUCCACAACAUUGUCGGGUUUGGAAAAGAGCCAGAGGUAUAUUUUGAUGCACCAAUGAAGGGGAUGAGCAGAGGGAGGAUGGUCUGCAGAGAUAAAUUCAGGGCCCCGUCUUACAAAGAGUUAUAAUUGAUCCAAUCAAUCGUAACUCUAUGGAAAUCCAUCAGUGUCAUAAUUUUUUCUACAGGAAAUUUGCAAAAUGUCCUUUGUAAACAAAGGACAACACACCAAAUUGUCAAAAAAUGAAUGACUUUGUGGAUUUACAUUCAUAUCUAUAAAUUUUUUUGAACAAACAUGCAUGUCAUAUGUUGACUUUGCUGGCUUUCCAUAGUUGCGAUCGAUCAGAUCAAUGGCAACUCUUGUAAGACAGGCCCCUGGUGUUCUCUCUCUUCACUCUUGAGACUCUUCACCAAACCAGUCACACAGCCAGCCAGGCAUUCAGUAUCACAUCUUCCAGGACCAGUUUUGGACAGGAUUGGUAAACUUGCUGAACCUAUGUUUUAAGCUUUAU